AUGCUGCACCUCCGUCGAUGCCUGCAUGUCACAAGCCGGUCUUGGCAGAUUCACUUACCUGCUUGCAUCCCCGUAUGCACAGCGGGAAAACCCAGUGUGCUUCCUGCACUGAGUGCUCUUACAGGAAGUCUCGCUGCAGCGUGCUAUUGGCAGAAAUCCUCAGUCAGUUGUUCUUCCGAAGAGACUGGCAGACCUCCAGCUGUGCGCAGAGUCAAAGUUGCUCGUGCAGCCAAUUUUCCAGAGGGGGAGCUUCGACAAAUCCGAAUCGCUCCUACAAGCGACGGGGCUGGUGAAGGCGCCAUCCUCUUGACCAAGGUAGACGGCAAGUUCUACGCAACUGGUGCAUCAUGCAGCCACUACAGUGCACCGCUAGCUGAAGGAGUUGCAGCACGAGACAAGAUGCAUGUGGUUUGCCCAUGGCACAAUGCAGCCUUCGAUAUUCGGACCGGGCAGCCUGUGCGCGGUGCUGGCUUACAGGCCAUACCUACGUACAUCGUCGCGGUAGAGUCAGACGACGUUAUUGUGGACCUGCCACGGAACAUGGAUGAUUUUGUUGCGCCGGUCAUGGCGCAGCGAGACAGCCAAGACACUCGGGUGUUCCUGGUUGUGGGUGGUGGAGCCGCUGGGGUAGCUGCAGCGGAUGCCUUGCGACAAGAAGGGUACACAGGGCGCAUCGUCUUGAUAACCGAGGAAAGACACCUGCCCUACGACAGGCCUGUGCUCUCCAAGAACCUGGGCAAAGCCUCCGACCCCGGCUCUUUGAGCCUUCGGGAUCAAGAGUAUUUCGACAAGCAUGAGAUUGAGAUCAGACGCUCCACCAAGGUGGAGAAGCUUGAUGCUGCAACGAAGACGCUCCGGCUUUCAAGCGGGCAGACCGUACACUACGACGCCGCUGUUGUGGCAACAGGUGCGAGGCCUCGAGAGCUUCCAAUCAAGGGUGCUGACCUCCCAGGAGUUCUUGGGCUACGAACUCCGGAAGAUGCUCAGCGCAUUGCUGCCGCCUGCUCUUCCGACAAGAAGACUGUGGUGAUCGGGUCAUCCUUCAUCGGAAUGGAACUGGCCGCUACCUUGCGGCGGCGUGGCUGUGAAGUCACGGUGCUUGGGAUGGAACAGGUGCCCUUCGAGCGAGUGCUGGGGACCCGCCUGGGCAUUGUUCUGAAGGACUUCUUCGAAUCAAAAGGAGUCAAGUUCAUGGGCGGCAAGGUGGCAGCAGAGAUCAAGCAAAACGGCUCCUCACUACAAGUCUCGCUGAAGACCGGAGAGGUGUUGACCUGUGACUCCAUCGUCGUCGGGGUAGGGGUGGUUCCUAAUGCAGAUUUCGUGGACGGCGCGCGUCGUGCACGGGACGGCUCGCUGGUGACGGAUGAUUGCCUGAAGACCAGCGCAGAGGGCCUCUUCGCUGCUGGAGACGUUUGCACUUACGAGACGCCAGGCGGAUCCAUGCGGGUAGAGCACUGGGAUGUUGCGACGAGCCAGGGACGGAUUGCUGCGAAGAACAUGCUCGGCAAAGCCGAAAAGUUCGAUCAGACCCCCUUCUUCUGGACAUCUCUUUUCGGUAAAAACCUGAGGUACGUUGGUCAUUGCACGGAGUUUGACGAGCUGGUGGUCGAUGGCGAUCUGAAGAAGCUGAGUUUUGUCGCUUAUUACUGCCUGAAAAACGAAGUCAAGGCGGUUGCGACCAUGUCUAGAGACCCUGUGGCGGUGGUGGUCGGCGAGCUCAUGCGCAUGAAGCGGAUGCCUCCUAUCCAUGAAUUGAAGUCUGGGAGAGUCUCCACUGCUACAUUGGCCCUGGAGCUGAAGAAGACGAAGUAG